UCCUCCUUGUGGCGGCCAUUUUGCUGCUCUCGGGCGUGCCAGGGCGGGACCGAAGUGACGGAACUGUCAAGGCGCUGGAGUUGUCCCCUCCGGCAGAGAGGCGGGUCCGCGGCUGAAUACGCCGCCCGGGCUGCCCCGCACGUGGGCCAGGACAGGGACCGUCGGCCCCGGUGUUCGCCCCGCAUCCCGAGUCCGAUGGCUGCGGCCGUGCCCAGGGCCCCGGCGCAGGAUAGUGUGACCUUUGAGGACAUUGCUGUGUACUUUUCCUGGGAGGAGUGGAGGCUCCUUGAUGAGGCUCAGAGAUUCCUGUACCAUGAUGUGAUGCUGGAGAACUUUGCACUUAUAUCCUCACUGGGUUGCUGCUGUGGAGCAGAGGAUGUGGAGGCACCUUGUGAACAGAGCAUUUCUGUAGGUGUGUCACAGGACAGAACGCCCAGGGCAGCUCUGACUUUCCGGAAGACCCACCCCUGUGAGAUGUGUGGUCCAGUCUUGAGAGAUAUUUUCCACUUGGCUGAGCACCAGGGAAAAGAAAACAGCCAGAAACUGUUGAGGUGCGGGGCAUGUACAAAAAGAUUUUAUUUCAGCAUAAAGUUUCAACAGAAGCAGGAGCAGCAUGUGGGAGAGAAACUGUUGAGAAACAGUGUGGACAGGGCCUCUCUUGUGAAGAGUUGCGGAAUCUUUGAUUCAGGAAAGCCCUUUACCUGUGGAGAGGUUGAGAAGGACUUCCUGCCUGGCUCAGGGCAUCUGCAGCAAGAGGCCACUCAUGCUGGGGAGAAGCCAAACACAAUCACACAGUGCAGGGGAACUUUACAAAGCAGAAAAAGUCAUUACACCUGGGGAGAAUGCAAGAAGGACUUUGGUCCAAAACACACACUUGUUCAGGACCACUGUUUUGUAUGCAGUGAAUGUGGGAAAACAUUCAGGUACAAGUCUUCAUUUGCUAUACACCAGAGAUUCCAUACUGGAAAAAGACAUCAUGAGUUUGGUGAAUGUGAAAAAUCCCUUCGGCAAAGCUCAACCCUCAGUCAACAUGGAAAGACUCACACUGGGUCCAGGCAAUACAAGUGUAGCAAAUGUGGGAAGUCCUUUUACCACAAAUCUGUCCUCAUUCAUCCCCAGAGAUGGCAUAAUGGAGAAAAUGUGUGCAGUGAAUGUGCAGAGUCUUUUAGCCAUAGCUCAGUGUUGAUUCCAUGUAGAGUUCAAACUGGAGAAAGGCCUUAUAAGUGUAAUGACUGUGCAAAAUCUUUUACCUCUGUCUCUGCCCUCAGUUAUCAUCAGAGAUCUCACACAGGAGAAAGGCCUUAUGAGUGCAGUGAAUGUGGGAAAUCUUUUAUCUCUAGGUCUGACCUCCGUUAUCAUCAGAGAGUUCAUUCUGGAGAAAGGCCUUAUGAGUGCAGUGAAUGUGGGAAAUCUUUUAUCACUCGUACUGCUCUCCGUUAUCAUCACAGAGUUCACACUGGAGAAAGGCCUUAUGAGUGUAGUGAAUGUGGCAAGUCCUUUACUCGAAGAAAUAACCUCAUUAUACAUCUAAGAGUUCACUCAGGUGAAAGACCUUAUGAGUGUAGUGAAUGUGGGAAAUCUUUUACCUUUAGCUCCAGCCUGCGUUAUCACCACAGAGUUCACACUGGAGAAAGACCUUAUGAAUGUAGUGAAUGUGGGAAAUCUUUUAACAAUAGGUGGACACUCAUUCGACACCGAAGAAUUCACACAGGAGAAAAGCCUUAUGUGUGCAGUAAAUGUGGGAAGUCUUUUACUUGUAGCUCUACUCUCCAGUAUCAUCAUCGAGGUCAUCUUGGAGAAAGACCUUAUGAGUGUAAUGAAUGUGGGAGAUCUUUUACCACUAGUUCUGCCCUCCGUUACCACCAGAGAGUUCAUACUGGAGAAAGGCCUUAUGAGUGCAGUGAAUGUGGGAAAUCUUUCAUUUCUAGGUCUGACCUGCAUUAUCAUCAUAGAGUUCAUUCUGGAGAAAGGCCUUAUGAGUGUAAUGAAUGUGGGAAAUCCUUUAUCCGAAGAAAUAACCUCAUUUUACAUCAGAGAGUUCACACAGGAGAAAGGCCUUACAAGUGUAGUGAAUGUGGGAAAUCUUUUAAUAAUAGGUGGACACUUAUUCAACACCAGAGAGUUCACACAGGAGAAAAACCAUAUGUGUGCAGUGAAUGUGGGAAAUCUUUUACCUGCAGCUCCACACUUUGUUACCAUCAGAGAGUUCAUGAAGGUAAAAGGCCUUAUGAAUGCAGUGAGUGUGGGAAAUCCUUUACCUCCAGUUCUACUCUCCGUUAUCAUCAGAGAGUUCACACAGGAGAAAGGCCUUACAAAUGCAGUGAAUGUGGGAAAUCUUUUACCUUUAGUGCCAGCCUUCGUUAUCAUCACAGAGUUCACAGUGGAGAAAGGCCUUAUGAGUGCACUGAAUGUGGGAAAUCCUUUAAAGAUAGAUCACAAUUCAAUAAACACCAGAGAACUCACACGGGAGAAAGACCUUACGAGUGCAGUGAAUGUGGGAAGACUUUUAGCCAAAAAUCUUCUCUGUCAAUACACCAGAGAAUUCAUAAUAGUGAACGAUCUUAUGAGUGUAGUGCUUGUGGGAAAUCUUUUACAUCUAUCUCUGGCCUUGGUUAUCAUCAUAGAGUUCAUAAAGGAGAAAAGCCGUAUCAGUGUAGUGAAUGUGGGAAAUCUUUUACCAAUAGCUCAAUACUGAUUCGACACCAGAGAGUUCACACAGGAGAAAGACCUUAUGUGUGCAGUGAAUGUGGGAAAUCUUUUACCAGUAGCGCUACCCUUUCUUAUCAUCAGAGAGUUCAUGCAGGUAAAAGGCCUUAUGAAUGCAGUGAAUGUGGGAAGUCUUUCACCUCCAGUUCCACUCUCCGUUAUCAUCAGAGAGUUCAUGCAGGAGAUAGGCCUUAUGGGUGUAGUGAAUGUGGGAAAUCUUUUAUCUCUAGCUCCAAACUACGUUAUCAUCAGAGAGUUCACACUGGAGAAAGGCCUUAUGAGUGCAGUGAAUGUGGAAAAUCCUUCAGGGAUAGUUCACAAUUCAGUCAGCACCGGAGAGGUCACACUGGAGAAAGGCCUUAUGAGUGUGGUGAAUGUGGGAAAUUUUUUACAAGAAAAUCUACACUCUCUCAACAUCAGAGAGUUCACACUAGAGAGAACCCUUAGGUGUGCAGGGAAUGUGCAAUUUCCUAUUCACUAUAACAACACUGGAGGGAACUCUGAGGAGCCAUCUCUCUGAACUGAAACUCAGCUAAACAUGCAGUGAUAUAUUCCUUGUAAGUUUUAGUUCUGUAAUAAACUUGUGUAAAUAUGUUGCACUUUCUAAACCGUCCAGGGCUCUUUUCCAGAUUUAGCUCACUGCUAGAUUUUGUAGCCAAAGCCUUUUCACCUCUCCCACUUCGGAGGUCUACAAAGUGUGCUUCAGUCACCACUACAAUGUAUUCAGGGAAGCUGACAUUUGUUUUCCCAUGAUUUAGAACAAAUUAGAAGUAACCUGAGCCCUGAGGGGUCAGCUCUCCUGUCUCCUUAACUACCUUAGGCAUGGACCUGAAUCAGUGAUGACCCAGAGAAUAUGAGUUUGGCUGGCAGCUUACAGAGAAUGACUACCUUUUUCAGGGACAUGUUGGUCUCCUGUGACGCGAUGUUUUUCCAGCUUCCCAUUGAAACAGUAACUACUGCACAUUGCUUUGGCUUAUGUGAUGUUCAAGGCCUUACUUUUUAAGUCUUAAUCUUGGAUGUUCUGCUUACUGUUUGGGGUAGUUUAUAAAUGGAUCUGGGCUCAACAAGCAGUACUGGGUGAGCUUUUUAGGAGUCUCAAAUUGUGCUUGAGGAGGGAGAGGAGGAUGGCAGAAAAUAGCUUGCCAGUGUUGAUCAAAUGUGCAUUGCUGCCCCACAGCCUCUGAAAAACUGCAGGGCUUUCUGGUUUUCAUUUGAAAUCCUAGAUGCUUCGUGUUUUAGGAGUCUCAGUGAUUGGGACGCCUGGGUGGCUCAGCAGUUGAGUGUUUGCCUUUGGCUUACAGUGUGGUCCUGGAGUCCUGAGAUCGAGUCCCACAUGGGGCUCCCUGCUUGGAGCCUGCUUCUCCCUCUGCCUAUGUCUCUGUCUCUCUGUCUCAUGAAAAAAUAAAAUCUUAAAAAAAAAAAAAGAUGACUCAAGGAGGAGGCAAGUGUGAGACCCUCAGAUGCUUCUGAAAGCAGCAUAAAUUUUUUCUCCUUACUCAAAGGAGACCUCACAGGGGAUGUCAGCACUAUUGAGUUAUCUUCCCUAGCUUUACAAACAGCCAUGUGCCCUGAUGUCCACAGCCUAAUUGGGCUAGGGUCACUGGUUGUAAGAUCACAGGGGGCAGGGGAAACCAUAAUUGCUACAGAAACACUGCUUAAUAGGAAGUGGAGGAGACCGCAGCCAACUAGAUGGAAUAUGCCUCUUCUAAAAAUGGAUCCGGACAUGUUUCUGUAACAGUGAUUUUGCAAGGUUAGUGUGUACACAGAUCUCAGGACCUCCAGGUAUGAUUAUCUUGUGUUAGGUAUAGUUAUUGUUGGAGAAAAAAAUAAAAACUAAAAUAAUCAAAAGGUUCUGUGGUUUCCUCUCUGUGAUGUCUGCUUCAAAGCCACUACCACUGAGUCAGGGGAAAAAAAGAUAAAGGGUAAUCUAUAUUCCUGGAGUAUGACACUUGUGACCCAGGAAGCAUUCCUGUUGACUUGUAUGGAAAUACUCUGUUCUCCACAUUUGCUGCCACUAAGGUAAUACCCCAUAGGCAUGAGAAAGAGGGAUGGAAUUGGUGUGGGGUGGCCAAACCAAUUUCCCAAAAAGAGUGGGACAUAGACAUUUUGAGCCAUUUUUAAAGCUUUGUUAAGUAAGGCAUAGUUUAUAUUUUCUAGCCUGCAUGUAUUUACCGUGUAAUUUGGUAAAUUUUGACAUAGUUAUGAACUUAUGAAACCAUCAUCAUAGUCCUGUUAAUAACUUUAUCUGUCACAUGUUUACCUCCUGUUCUUUUAUAAUCCCUUGCCCCUCCCACUUCUCCAGGUAACUACUGAUUUACUUGCUUUUACAAUAGAUGGAUAGUUUUGAAUUUUUUAAAUUUAUGUUUGGAAUUGAUACUGUUUUGAUUUUUUGUUUUUAUUGUCAAAAUUACUUUGAGAUUCAUCAGUGAUAAAUGAGUAGUGGGUUUUUUUUUUUGCUGAGUAAUAUUUUUGGAUAUACCAGUUUAUCCAUUUAUCUAUGUUUGAGGAUUUGGUUUAUUUCUAGAUUCUGAUUAUUGAAGAUAAAGCUAGUGUAAACAUCUGCGUUCUUUAUGUGAAUGUAUGUUUCUUUGAUGUUUUGUCAGUGACUUAGUGUAUAAUGUCUGGGUCAUAGAGUAGGUAAAUGUUUUACUUUUUGAUUGUAUCGUUUGCCUUUUCCCAGCAGUGUAGGAGUUCCAGUUCAUCCACAUUCUGAACAUUUGGUUUGGCUAAUUAUUUAAUUUUAGGCCUUUUAAUAAGUUUUUAGUGUUAUGUUAUUUUGUUUUAAUUACAUUUCUGUAAGGAUUCACAAUCAUUUUUUCCAAUGCUUAUUUGCUGUCUACACCUUUGGUAAAAUGCAUGUAUCUUUUUCCUAUUCUUUGAGCUUUAGCUAUUUUCCUUUAACAGAUACAACAAUGAAACAAGUGUGUUUCUGCGUGCAUGUGCUACUCACCAUGGAAUGGACAGCUGUACGCUUUCAAAUUUUUUCUGCAUUGUUAACAUAUUCUUUGUCACAUUCUUUUAAAAAAGAUUUUAUUUGGGGGGAUCCCUGGGUGGCGCAGCGGUUUGGCACCUGCCUUUGGCCCAGGGCGCGAUCCUGGAGACCCGGGAUUGAAUCCCACGUCAGGCUCCCGGUGCAUGGAGCCUGCUUCUCCCUCUGCCUGUGUCUCUGCCUCUCUCUCUCUCUGUAUGACUAUCGUAAAAUAAAAAAAAUAAAAAAAUAAAAAAAAAAAGAUUUUAUUUGGGGAGAGAAUGAGCGAGUGGUGGGGGAAAGGGCAGAGGGAGAGGGAGAGGGAGUAGCAGCUUCCUUGAUGAACAGGGACCCCAGCCCAGAGCUCAAUCCCAGGACCCUAGGAUCAUGACCUAAGCCUACGGCAGACGCUCAACUGACUGAGCUACCCAGGCGCCCCUCUCCAUCACAUUAAGUCCAGUCAUUGGGGAAUGUAUUAAAGCCUUGCUUUUUAGUGGCUACCUAUUUUCCUUCUUUAUCACCAUUGGGGUUGGUGGCUUGGAGCAGAUGGGGGACAAGAUUGGAUCAGUAUGGGCUGGGUUUUCCUUUGAGUCCCAAAGCCUGUCUAGGAGAUGAUGUAGAGGUCACUAAUCAGAUUUCCCAAGUCUUUGUCCAGGGUCCCUAGGUUUAAUUCCUGGAUUUCGGGCCACUAUAAGGACCCACAGGCAAAAGCCCCUAUCCAGGGCCUGUUUCGAAAACCCUAUGUACAGUGGGAUUAGGAGUGGCCCUAUCCCUGAUCCAUUGGGUAUUGUGAAGAGCUGAGGUAUUCAUUCCUAUAUAGCUGUACCUGUGGGGAACAUCCUAAAGCCAGGCACCUGUAGCUCUCCCUGUUACCACCAGACUGCUAUGCCACCAGGUGUGUCCGAAAGAAAUAGAGCUGCUCAAGAGCCCCUGAUCCAGGUCAGUCCCUAGGGGGAGGAGGGUCUGCACAGUAGGUCUCAGCGUGGUUUACUGGGAAUAUCUGGACAACUCCCUAGAGCCCCUUGAGCCUCAGUCUGCUAUGACACAAAAGUGAUGAUGGUGUUUACCCUGGCCCCUGGGGCCAUUAAUAAAAAUAAAACACACAAAAAAAUAAUAAUAAAAAAAUUUAAAAAAUAAAUAAAUAAAUAAAAAACACUGAGCACUUAAAGAAUUCCAUGGGAUUUUGAGCUUGUAUAUGAUGUUUUUAUAUCAAGUUUUUAAUAUAAAUAUUUCCAUAAUUUUCCUUUUCACAUUUCUCUUACUUUGCUUAACUCUUACUGGUGUUUAUAUCACAUUAAUAAUAUCCUAGUGUUUUGUUUUUUAAGAUUUAUUCAUGAAAGACAGAGGAAGAGACAUAGGCAGAGAGAGAAGCGGGCUCUUCACAGGAGCCCAAUGUGGAACUCGAUCCUGGAUCCCAGGAUCACGACCUGAGCCAAAGGCAGCAACCCAACUGCUGAGCCACCCAGGUGUCCCUAAUAUCCUAGUUUUGUCCAUUCUAUAGAGUACCACUCAAAUCAAUAUAUUUACUGUGGAGUUUUGUCCAAUCCAUGUGUGUAUGCCCUAGCUUAUUUUCUCUUCUGAAUCACUCUAUAACUGAGACCAAGAUCAUGCUCAUCAAUUGGUGGAUUAUCACAAAUAUUUUGAAUCAUUUUCUUUUUUUAGAUUUAUCUGAGAGAACACCCCAGCAGGGGCGGUGGGGAUUGGGAGAAGGACAAAUCUAUAGUUAACUGACUGAGCCACCCAGGUGCUCCAAUUCAUUGUCUUAUGUACUGGGAGAGCUCUUCUUAUGGACCUCUACUUGCCUUAACUGCCAGAUUAAUCCUCUUCAGGUCUUCUUUAAACAAAUUUGAUUUAUGAUGCUUAAUGCAAAACAUUCAAUACUAUUAAGGUAUGUUAUUACACACACCAUAGAUUCUUUUUCACCUACAUAGUUAUAUUUUGGUUCAUUAAGAGUCUUUCCUAAAAAUUCAACAUGAGUUUUAAACUUAAAGUUUAAAUAGUUUAAUAUGUAUGUAACAGAGGACUACUUACUAUUUUAAUGAAUUCUGUUAGAGUGUACUGGAAAGUUUCCAAAUACAUUUUUAAAGAAUUCAGUGAAAGUGGCUGAUAUAAAGUAGAAAUGAUAAAUACAUAACUAUAUAAGUUUUCUACAAUUAGAAUGUUUUUGAAACAUUUAAAAAUUUCAGUCCACCUUAGUUCUGAAUGGGCUAAAGGUAAAUUUUGACAUCAAAAAUGAAAUUUCCACAAAUUAAUAUAUUGUAUAGUUGUGUGUAUCUCCAUAUGCUGGAUAGUUUUCAUAAUAAUUGCCUGUUUUAAAUUUUUGCCUAAUAUUUUAUGGCUUGUAUGAGUGUUGAAAAUAUAGUACUUUUUUACAUUAUAUAAGUUAUUUUUGUGAUUUUUCUAGUUGUCUGUAUUUUGCAUAUGUUUCUAUUUUUAAAAAGUGAAAAGCAUAUUUUGUGGUUUUAAAUUGGGGUCUUGUUUUGUAAUGACUUGCACAUUUCAAGUGCAGGUUUGUUAAAAUCUUUGUCUUCGGGUCACCUGGGUGGCUCAGCAGUUGGGCACCUGUCUUCAGCCCAGGGCAUGAUCCCAGAGUCCCAGGAUCAAGUUCUGCAUCAGGCUCCCUGCAUGGAGCCUGCUUCUCCCUCUGCCUGUGUCUGCCUCUCUAUGUCUCUCAUGAAUAAAUAAAUAAAAUCUUUUAAAAAUAAUAAAAUACAUUUUAAAAAAUUUUAAUUGAGGUAUAGUUGACGUGUAAUAUAUUAGUUUCAGAUGUACAACAGUGAUUUGACACAUACAUUGUGAAAUGCUCACCAUACAUGUAGUUACCAUCUGUCAUACAGAAUCAUUACAAUAUUAUUGACUAUAUUCCUUAUGCUGUACUUUUUAUCUCUGUGACUUCCAUAUUUUAUAAUGGGAAGUUUGUACUAAUUAAUCUCCACCUAUUUUCCCCAUCCCCCUACCCUACCCCUUCCUCCCUGGUAUCCACUGGUUUUCUCUGAGUCAGUUUCUCUCCUUUG